AUCUGCUUCAGUGUUUUUGUUAUGAAAACAGCAAAAGAACUAUAUAACCUCAUAAAGAAGAGCAUUUAAGUUCUCAGUUCAGAAUAAAAUGUUCAGGCUCACGAGUAUUAGAAAAAUAGUAAAGAUCGAAAAGGAAACCAUAUGGUGCAGAAAGUAUAGUAAAAUCAGUUAUUUAAACAAAGUGGGAAACGAACCAUUGAGACCUUUGACAAUCGGUAAACUUCUAGAAGAAAUCUGCGUCGAACAUGGGAAAAAAACAGCUAUCAUUUCCUGUCACCAAGAAGAAAAAAUGGAAUUUGACGAAGUUCUCUAUCAAGCAGACCGGUUAGCAGCAGGCAUGUUGAAAAUGGGUUUCCGGCAAGGAGACAUGGUGGGGUUGUGGGCACCAAAUAUGAUAGAAUGGUACAUCUCCUUUAUGGCUUGUGCAAGGGCAGGUUUUGUAAUGGCAGGAUUGAAUCCACAAUACCAACAAAAAGAAAUGGAAUACGUUAUCAACAAAGUAGGAAUAAGAGGAAUCAUUUGUGGAUCCAUAUUUAGAAAGCAGAAUUUUUAUGAAAUACUAGAAUCGGUUUGCCCCAAAUUGUUCGAGGGAAAACCUGGAAAGCUUGAAAAUGAGAGGUUACCUUCUUUGAAAAGUGUUAUAAUGAUAUCAAAAGACAAAAUGAGGGGAACGGAUAGAUACACUGAUGUUUUAAACAUGACAGAUGAUGAAGGAAUGCAAAUGGUACGAGAGAACCAGAAAAAUAUAAAAAUAGACGAUCCAGCCAAUAUCCAGUUCACUUCAGGCACUACAGGUUUUUCGAAGGCUGCUGUUUUGAGUCAUUUCAGUGCGGUGAACAAUGGUUUCUACAUUGGAAAGAGGAAUGGAUUCCACAGAAAGCAUCACAAAAUAUGUGUUCAAAACCCACUCUUCCAUGCAUAUGGCACCAUUAUUGGUAUAGCCGCAGCUACAAACUUUGCGAAUACUUUGGUACUUCCAUCAGAUGGACAUGAUCCGAAAAAAACGUUGGCAGUUCUCCAGAAAGAAAAUCAAUAUAUGGACUAUCUGAAAGUACAGCUAGUGCCUUCCAAUCAUUGGAAGAUGAUGAUGAACUUAGAUCUACUUCAACAGUAGGACCUCUACAAGAACAUUUAGAAGCCAAAAUAAUAGAUGAGAAAGGUCAAAUUGUACCCAUUGGUGUACCUGGCGAAUUGUGUAUACGAGGUUAUUCGACGUUAUUGGAGUAUUAUGGAGAUGAAGAAAAAACUAAAGAAGUUAAAGGAUAUGAUGGAUGGCUGAGAACAGGGGAUCAGUUUAUUUUUACUGAGGAUGGUUAUGGGGUGGUUGUGGGCAGAUUCAAAGAAAUGAUAAUUCGAGGAGGUGAAAAUAUUUAUCCUAAAGAAAUUGAAGAUUAUUUGAAUACCCAUCCAGAUAUUUUGGAAUCACAUGUGAUUGGCCUACCGCAUGCAAGAUUAGGAGAAGAGGUAUGCGUCUGUUUAAGGACCAAAAAUGGGCAAGAAUUUACUGUGAAAGA